AUGCUACGCAGAACCUUGCAUAGUAGUGUAGCCAAGAAAUCUGGAGCUAAAGUCUGGUCUGACUUCUCAGCAAGGUCAGCAGCAUUAUCGAUUCGUAAUGACCGGAUAAAGGAUUAUGUCCUGAACGAUACGCUGAAAAAGAGUCCACCCUCCAUCAGAAGAAGAGCCAAUAAGGUGAAAUACCAGUCUCCGGAAAAAAUAGAUGAUGUUUUCAAGACUUGCUACAAUUUCAUGGAAGAACGAGCUGCAUCCAAAUAUGCCGAAUUGGCCAAAGAACAGGAUCCCGCCAAGCGUACGGAGUUGGCUGUAGCAGCGGAAAUAAAUAAUCCCGAGGUGCAGUACAAUUUCCAGUUUCAUACGAAGUUGGAAAACGACCCUCAGUUUAUCGACUACCAACUGCCGGUGUACAGACAUUUGGGUCGUCAGCACUGGGAAUCGUACGGACAAAUGUUGCUUAUGCAAAGACUAGAGACGCUAGCUGUGAUUCCAGAUACUAUGGCGACGCUAGUUCCGAAAUCGGAGGUCAAUAUAAAGUUUCCCUUCUCAACCGGUUUGAACAAAUGGAUUGAGCCUGGCGAGCACUUGUCCUCAAACGUCACUAGCAUGGCUCCUGCGGUCAAGAUACAAGAGUACGAAGACGUGGAUUCUGAGACACAGUUGUACACGGUGCUUAUUGUGAAUCCAGAUGAACCAGACUUGCGUUCUGACUCAUUCAAGACCACACUUCAGUACGGACUGUCGAACUUAAAAGUUUCCUACAAUGACAACGUUGUCGACGCGCGGAAGUUCACCGAUGAAAACGUGCUAGCCUCAUACCUUCCACCAGUGCCGGAAAAGAACGCCGGAACGCAGAGGUUUGCGGUUUGGGUCUUUAGGCAGAAGGCUUCUUACCCUGUUUCUCAGACUUCUGUCGAAAGAGACAACUUUGAUAUUCGCCAAUUUGUCAAUGACCACAAACUAGAGCCUGUUGGCGCACAUGUAUGGAGAAGCGAGUGGGAUAGCAACGUGAGCAACAUAAGAACCAAAUACGGACUUCCAGAGGGCCGUGUUUUCCACCGGGUGAGAAGAGUGUAG